UAAACAAAAUCCCACUGAAAUGUUAGACUUUUAACCAUCGUGUCUCUCUCUCUCCUAGCCGCAAUACCACAACCCUAGUCCAAGCAUCGAUUCUGUACGCAUUCGAGAUUGAUCUGUUCGCUGAAGAUGAUUGAAUUUGCUGGCUUAUGCAUUGGCGUUGGCAUCCUAAUAGAGGUUUACAACAGAACCGAUCCGAAGAGGAAAGCUGAGAAUCUAGCCAGUAUUACCCAAAUAGACGAGCUCAAAGGAUUGGUGGAUCUUCUGGAAAAGGAGCCAUUAAGCAACCCUGUUGUUGCUAUAUUUGGAACAGUUGGAUCAAACUCAGCCGUAGAAACCACCCGUAGUGGCACUUUGUGUGUUUUUUCUGAGGAAACGGCCACAGUUUGUUAUAAGCGGGAUAAGAAUAAGAAUUGUAAUACUUAUUCAAACAGAGAGGAAUCUAAAGAGGUUAUGCUGUACCGUAAGGUGGUUCCUUGGUAUUUGGAUGACGGGACCGGUCGGGUUUAUGUAACGGGAGCACAAUUUGCCAAAGGAUUUUAUGCUACCCUAAAUGGAUAUAUCUUCCCUGAACCGGUGAUGGAACACUUCGAAAGGUUUUUUUCUUCCAAGGACGUCCAGUUUGUCCCAAACCGCUGUCGUGAGCAUGUCCUUGAGAUUGGUAAGCCUUUGACGAUUAUUGGUAAGGCUGAGAGAGACAAAAAUGGGGCUCCCACCAUCGGACGUGUCUAUCAGGUCUUUAAUGGACGUAGUAUAAACAAAAUUGAUGAAUUGGCUUCUGAUUUUAAUUCAGUUUCAGACGGUUGUGAGAUGUUGAGCUUGUUGUUAGCAGGUAUCGGUGUGUCUAUUAUAGCUGUCAGCUUACUUACUGCAUAAUCAUCUAGUGUUCUCCAACUGAGAAAAAAAAAAGAGACUGCGACGACUAAGCUUAUAACACUUGUUACUUUCGCGAUGUUUUGGUGUGUGUCUGUUUAUCAUAUACUCACUGAUAUUAUAUGUUAAUAAUGGUUAUGGAUUUUACAAA